AUGAAUUUCUUAAUUAAUCAAGAUGGAAACGAAUUACAUGACAUGAAUCAUUAUGAAAACGAAAAUCAACGUUGUAGCGUUGUGCCAACCUCCAAGACAAGUAAGAUACGUUCACAGGUAGAUAGUUCUUUCAAACUAAUAACUCUCAAAAAGAAUACAGAAAGAUUAUUUAAAUAUCUCGAAGAGGAGAACAGAGAACCUAACGUGAAACCUCAACCAAAUCAAAAUUUAAGCUUACGAAGAACCAGAUAUAACUACACUUUUCCAAAUUAUCAACAAAAUUCAAGCAUAAGGAAACUAUCCAUUCCCAAGAAUGAUUCCGGUUUGACAUCUAUAAUUAACGUUAUUGCUGAAUCCAAGAAAACUAACAAUAAUCUUAAUUCAAUACAUGAAGUUGUUCAUCGAACUUAUGAUUGCGCUCCAUUUUUCCAUGCUUACAAUUAUGAAAAUAGAUUAGGUAAAGAUGAUUAUACUGGAAUCUUGAAAAAUAUUAUAGAUGAUGAGUUUAAAGAAUGUUAUCCUGUUUUCCCCAGAGAAUUAGAAUUUAGAAGAGUUGAAAAAAAACUGAGAAGGAUAGAUUAUUUUUUAUACUAUUUUCUCAAUAUUGAUAGAACGAAAUUUUUUGAAUUGGAAGAAGAAAGAUCUCUGUUUUAUAAUUCUUCAAUAACGGCACAUACCUCCUCUUUAGCUUAUAUGGAUACUGAAGAACAACAAAAUGAAGAUGAUAUUUUAGAUAAUGAUGAUACCUUAUCGUCAAUUAGCUCCAUGUUAAAUACCGAGAACGCUAAUAAUCAUGGUCGGAAUGUAUCAGGAAAUAAUCUAAGCGUCUAG